AUGUUUGUGACGCUGGAAUCCCUUUUCUUGCUUCUGAAGCAGUAUCAAGCGGACGUGGUCCUCAUCAGCGCCACCUUGUUCUUGCGGCUUGCCGGUGCGCUGCCGAACGACAGGGACGCGUGGGGCGGAUUCAGCAACUCGGUGGUUCUCUCCGUGGCGGUGCUGGGCAUCGUCUCCGCGGGGGUUCAUCACACCGGGGUCAUCGAUUUCAUUUUUAUGCGCGUUUUGGGCCGCCCAAAGACUUACUUCGCGGCGCUCAUCAGACUGAGCCUCCCCGCGAUGCCGCUGGCGGCAAGCAUUUCCAACACUUGUGUGAUGGGUGUUAUGAUCCCGGUCAUCGAGAAGUGGUGCAAGGAGAUCAACAUGCCCCCUCGCUUGUUCCUCAUGCCGAUGUCUUACAUCAUGCUGGUAGUGGGCGCCUUUGCCAUUUUCUCCACCUCCUCCAACCUGGUGGUGCAGAGUUUGCUCAUGGAGCGAGGCUUGGAGCCCUUUGGCAACUUCGACAUUGCGCUUCUGUCCUUGACCUGUGGCAUGGUGACAGUGCUCUAUUGCGCCAUCGCCGUGCCGAUGAUGCUGCUUUACAUGGAGGCCUCUGAGACAACCAGCUCCUCGCCCACCAAGGGAACUCCGAGCACGGCGGGGAAGAAGCUGUUCCUGGCCAACAUUCAGAUCACCGGCAGCCUGUUGAAUGGCCAGUCCUUGGCGGAUUCCGGGCUCUUGACAGUGAUGGGCAAAGUGGCGAACAUCGUCCGUGUCGAGCGCAUGGGAGAGGAGAUUGACCUUGACACGAUCAGCGAGAAGUUUGGUCUGGAGCAGUACGACGUGAUGUACGUUUGGACGACUUCAGACGCGGUACUGGAGCUGAUCGGCCUGCCCGGGGUGAGUUUGAUCGCCCUGGACGGGGGUUUCGAGCACCAGCACCGGGACGACAGCCGCGACAUCGUGGAGGUGGUGCUGGACGGGCUGUGCCCGCUGGUGAAGCAGCCGAUGACCUCCACCACCCUGUUGGACAACGUCUACGGCGCCAACUGCCUGUCGAUCCGGCCCUGCACCAUCCAACACUUUCGAAAGCCUCAGGCGCAGGCCGACGAGGUCCGGACCAUGGUGGCCCUGUUGCGGGCUCAGAAGCGGGACGCCGACGACGCCGGCGUGUACCGGUUCUGCAUCGGCGACAACCUGAUCCUGGACGUGCCGCGGAACUUCUCGGCGGAGUACGCGAACUCCGCCCACUUCACCCUGGUGCGGAAGCUCAACGAAGAUGAGGAGGAGGGUGGCAAGGGCGACGUCAGCGAGACGCAAUACCGGGAUAUGAUCAUCAGCGGCGGCCUGCUGGUGAUGCUGAUCGCGCUGGUGGCCAGUAAAGCGAUGCCUCUCCUGGAAGCCGCGCUGCUGACUUCCUUCCUCAUGGUGCUGUCCGGCUGCCUGCCCCAGCAGAAGGCCUUCAGUGCCAUCAACAUACGGAUUGUGCUUACCAUCGUGGGCGCUUUUGGCAUUGCAAAGGCUGUGAACCUCACCAAUCUGGCUGCGGUGCUGGCGCGCAUCAUUUGCCAGCUGCUGGCGCCCUUGGGCCAGCGGGGGGUCAUGGCGGGGAUCUUCAUCGCGACGGUGGGCCUGGGCAUCGUCUUCCACUGCACCGCGGUGGUGAGCUUGCUCUUUCCCAUCGUGGUGGCCAUUAGCGAGAGCAAGAAUGUCCCAGUUCCGCUCCACCAGGCUAUGGCAGUCAUGAUGAUGGGCGCAUGCUGCCAGGUCUUAUCGCCAGUGUCGUACCAGACCAACAUCAUGGUCUUUUCCUCCGGGUGCUACACCUUUGCCGACUUCCCCAAAGUUGGUUUCGGCAUCGUCAUCCUCGUGGGGGUGAUUUCUGUGGGCUUCGUGGACCAGCUGAUCGUCACCCACUGA